CAUAACCACGCUGAUGACGUUGAUGAUUUCCCGCGAGCACGUCGUGAUCGCAGAAGUGAGAAAAUGUAUUACCAACAACCGUGUCAACUCGGGCGACACGGACUACGAUCAACAGGAGCAACGGAAUUUCAAUCAAACAAUUCGGACAAUGAUAAGAACGCUUCUCGUUUUUUCCUUCGCAAUCAGUGUGUUGUUCACCAUGCCGAAUCCUGUUAUAAGGAAAUCAAUCGGAUUACCACCCCAAUUGCUUCCGAAAAGACCGAUAGUAUCGAGUAUCCUUAACAGUGUGGUUAUGUAUUGGGCAGCACUGAUCAUUCAACACAGGCACGCUACUACUUUAACAUGCAUUGGAACUCUGUUGCUCGGAAUGCGAAGUAAGCUUCGUCUGCUGGUUCAUCGCUACAAUCGGAUCUUGGCCCAACCAGUAAUAAAUGAGCAAGAAUUCUUUUCAAAUAUAGGACCAGAGAUUCGGGAAACCUUGAAGAAUCAUGUGGAAUAUUGGAGAUUCUUGAGCCACUUGAAAAAUUUGGUUGGAAUGUCAUUUGCUCUGGUUCACUGUUGUUCCAUUCUCAACACCGGAAUAGUCCUGUUUGUCGGAAAAGUAAAUGGAAUAGAUUUUUUUUCAGUGGCACUGGUAUUCUCGGCCUCAUUUUUCAUGAUUGAAUAUUUGUUGCUGUGCCGAUUGGUGGAAGGACUGCAGGAUGAAGCUAACAAAAUUUGUUAUAUAAUUUAUGAGCUUUGUAGUAAAAUUCCAUACAGUAAAGAACAUCACUCUACAUACGUUCAGUUGAGGUCGACUUUGAUGAUCGCUUGGGUCAACACAUCAAAUGGAAUAGAAAUGAACUGCUAUGGAGUUUUAAGCAUUUCGAGCAUCACGUUCGUCAAACUUGUCAAUGUUACAUACUCUGUGUUAACCUUUUUGGUCGGUUUUGAUUAAUUGCAGACAUAUGAAUUUGAUUUAUAUCUUCGUUUUGAAUUGCAUCAAAUGAAACAAGAAGUAGAGUUCACUGAACGUGAAAUAAUUUGUGUGCCUUGAAGUGAUUUGUUUUUCAAAACUGUUUUCAAUGUUAAACUUAAUAAACUAUAUUAUUCGCA